AUGUUACUGGUUGAGGCUUGUCUUCUAAAGCAGGAUCAACGAUUACAUUCUUCGUUUGCCUUCCUGUUCAUAGCAGGAAGGAGAAAAGCACUUGAACUAGGUGAUGGUGACAAGAGAAACACACGUAAGUCACAUGAUGCUUCGGUCACUGUAGACUAUCGUGAUACAGUUUUCAUCUAUGCUUCACAUAAGGUUCUUGCACGUUCUUUAGUUGGGAGAUUAUUUCGAACGCUUGAGGAUAGGAAUCUCAGACCAAGCGGAAUGAAUAUGGUUAAAACCACCAAAGAACUUGUUCAGAAGUCCCCGCUUUUGAAAAAAGUAGCCAGGGAAGAUGGCGAAGUUUGUAUGUUCUCGACGUGGCAUGGAGAAUAUGUUUUCAAAAAUGCAUUAGGCGCUACAUCAUACUUUUGCAGAAAAUACGCCUUUAUUCAAGGCGUCGAUAUAGUCAUGACGGAAACAACAAAGGCAACGCGUAAAGAAGCUGAGCUAUGGAUAGACACUGAGCCUCCUCCUCCUCUCGUUGCUCCUGUGGCUGUUGUAGAAGAUGGUUCUGCGCCAGUUGCGGAAAAUGUAGAGAUUGUGGAACCAGAGGAGGAACCCAAUACGAUUGUUGAAGUCGUAGAUACAGAACAAACAGCUUCCCCACAAGAGAUCACAUAUCCAACUGAUGCCGAGCCUGUUCGAGACACUUCUACCGCAGACACAUUGCCGGUGGGUGAUGGAGUGGAGGAUCCGAUACACACCGACAAGUUACCUCCUAUACAGCCAUGAUGAUAUUUAUUUUGUUGGGCUGAGGUUUUCGCAUUUCGCUCACAAUGUGCCAAUCUUUGU